AUGUCUACCCGAAUAUGGCAAGAAUUUUUUUUAUGUAAAGAUGAAGAUGAGUUAUUAACAAUCACAAAAGAAAAUAAUACAUGUAAAAAACGUACAGGACAACAGGAUUAUGGAUUAUGUUAUACAUAUAUUUGUUCAGCAUAUCGGAAAUAUCCAUUAUGUAAAUUUCAAUUGAAAGCAAAACAGUCGUCUGAUGGUACAUAUAAAUUAUAA